AUGACUGCUUUCAAUGAAAAAAGUGAGCGGAAUCUGGCGAAUGAGAUCGGGGCCGUUGAGACUCAAAAUCCAACAACGCUAAAAGCUAAGUCAAGCGAAGAAACGGCUGCCGCCGGGACUAGUAAAUUUUCCGGUGAUUUGAAACCGUCGACUUCCGAUAACAUUGNUGAUGGGCAGAUGCCUACAAGUGGCAACGAAGGGCGAGAUUUGAAUUCAGAUGAAGGUGCCGAUAUGACUGCAAUUAAAAAUGAGCCGGUGGCAGAGGAUAAAAAUUCGGAUUCAUUUCCCACUGAGGUCAAGAAUGAAUCAGGUGUUUGUUUGUGUGGAAGCAGCGAAGAGUCGUCGUUCAUGAUAUGUUGCGAUCACUGUGGCGUGUGGUAUCACGGGGCUUGUUUACAGAAACGUGAGAAGACGGAAAAAUCUAGCGACUGUCGAGAUGAGAAGGCAAAAAAACGAAAAGAAUUUGAGAGUAGUGGAAGCGAUCAGCGCUCUUCAUCUCAAGGAGGAAUCAAGGAUGAACAAGAGGUGUACGACGAGAACGAUCGCUGUCAUAAUUGUAGUAAUUGUAUUCGAAAUACAAACUGUGGUAAAUGCAUCAAUUGCGAAUCUGGCCUACAACCGUGUCAUAAACGUAUUUGCUUACAAUCGAAUUAUUGGUCGAAACAAAAAAAGAAACUUCCAAACACAGCAUCGUCAUCAUCCAUAACACAUUCGCAAUGUUCGUUUGCUCGUUUGUUCUCUAUUUAUUCAUUCAAUCACCGUGCAUAA